GAUUGCAAGAUCCGUCUUGGUCCGGUUGUUGGCCAUGGCCGACCUCGGUGUGUUCGGAGGAUCUCCGACUUCACCUCCUUCCCAGCACACGUCACAAGCCAGCCUGUAAAUAUAUAUGGCAGCGGACGCCUGGGGUUUGCGGAUUCAACCAAGACGCUCACUCUAUCUCUUAAUUAUAUUGUGUUCCAGUUCGUCGGAUUCUUGACCAUUCUGUUCCAUUUACCGCCAAGAUGCCUCUCCUUGCGAAACGCUUCUCUAUCACGAACUUCUUCAUUGCGACCACGGCACUGGGCUUCCAAGUCUUCGUACUCUAUCCAUGGCACAACAAACUCGAUGACGACUUUACGGAGCUGAAGCGGGAGAAUGUCAGGCUGUUGCAGAGCGUCGAGCAGAGAUUAGCUCAAAUGAAAGAGAAGCCAGCGGCAACCUGAGCCGGUCAGCAGGAGAGGGGAAAAACACAGAACAUUAGAAGAAGAACCAUACAGCUAGAUUCGCAGCGAUAUACCAUCUCCGGAACAACAGACCGAAGAGCUGCAUUAUGCCAGGCGUUGGGUCAAUUUGCGCAUCGGAAAGUUGGCUCAUAUAUCCAUCAACAAGCAGAAGUGUGCAGCGUAAUCGCACGUUGGACGUGCAGGUGCCGGAACAGAAGAGCAGCACUACCCGAACGACACAACGGUGAAUGGGUACAACAUUUCUCGAGUCGAUCUAGCGGUGAAGUGAAUGAAGAAGAACAAAGCAGUGAUGCUCUCCUGCGAACAUUGGUGAACGACUCAAUUGCGGCCCUAUCAUCUUGCUUGAAGAAUAUGUAUUGUUCACCAAUCUCUGCACCUUCUCUCCUUCAACUUUAGAAACGCAUCGCCAGCACUGACUACGGCAUACACAAAAUUUCACAGCACUCUCG